AUGGCUGCCGACGAGGUUAUUAAUCGAAUUAAAUACGGAAACAGCCUCAGCGACCGACGACUACCAAUUAACCUGCUCAGCCUAAAGUUCUUUGGACAGGCACCGGACGCUCCAUCAAUCUUCAACAACCCUCGGUAUUGCUUGAUCCAGGCGAUCAAUUCUCGUCUAGAGGUGAAGCCAACUCUGAGAAAUAUGGCCGAAAUGCGAAGCUAUUUGGCCGAGGCCCCCAAAGCUAGCCUACUAUUCUCGCUCUUUGCGCAACGAGGAUGCUUUACAGGGUUUCACGUGGAUAGUCCUGAUGGGACUUGGGUUCGCAAUCUAUGUGAUCUGAAAGUUUGGAUCUUCCCGUCAAGAGAAGAUCUUGCUGAUAUGACGGAAUUUGAGGCUCAAGGCGACGAAUGGAUUCCCAAAUCUGUUCGAGCUAUUGUGCUCAAAACAGGAGACACUCUUAUUAUGCCCUCCGGCGAGAAAAUACCUCAUGCUGUUCUUACUGUGGAAGAUUCCUACAUGGUUGGCGGCAUGUUUAUGGACAAGCUUCGUAUUUCGGAUUCGAUUGAGAAGCUUCUCUGGAUCGCGACGCAUCCGGUGGUUACCAACGAUAGGAUACCGCCGCACGCCGCGGCUAAUACCCGGAUGGAGAUACCUUCGGGAAAUAUUCCUCCAGAAUAUCCCUUCUAG